UCCGUAGAACAAUUGCGAGCAGCCGAACAAACUCUAGUACGACCGUGUGUGUAUGUGUUUUUGUAACCGUUACUAUUAAUAUAUUAAUUUAUUCUCGUUGUGUAAAUCUUCAAAAAAAAAAUUAAAGUCAUGAACGCCACAAGCAGUUCGGAUAGACUACGACACAAGAUAAAAGUCAGUGGUUUACCUAGAUUUUAUUCGUUACUGGAUCCUCUACUGCAAGAGUUUCUGAAAAUGGUUAACGAUGACUUAAAACUGAACUGCAUCCAUGCUAGGUAUAGUAAAAAGGGGAACGCGUGGCUUUACCUAACUUUCCCCACCGAAUGCGAACAAGCGGCCGCUCUGAAAGUUUUGAGAAAGUACAAUUGGAAAGGACGAUCGCUUAUCAGUACGUUGGUCACUGCUGACCGGCCGAAGUCAAACAGUAGUUCAACGGCCGUCGAUGGGAAUGCUGCUGCUAAAAAAUCAAAAUUGGACAUACCUCUCAUCGAACAGGUGUUGAUGUCAAUCAUUCCUUACCACAGUAUUGAAUACGAGGAGCAAUUAAGGAAAAAAAGCGAAGAAGCCAGAAUACUGUUCCAAAGGUUAGGAACGAUCAUUCAAAGAAAACAGCCGCCACUGGCCGAAUGGUGUGCCAGCAGGAAACGGCUGUUGAACAGCGAUUUGGCGUUUGAACUGUCGUCGAUAAUACCUUCAAAAAAAAUCGACCGCUAUCGAAACAAAUGCGAAUGGAGCGUGGGAAUAAAUCCCGAGUGCGGCUCAGUGGCGGUUGGGCCGAGGGUGAAAGAUUCGAUGGACGGAAUCCACUAUGUCGGUCCGCCGGACUGCCUGAGAAAUUUGCCGAUACCAAUGAUCACUUUAGCAAAGAAAUUCGAAGAGUUUGUGAAAAACUACCCAGAAGACUGGAAGAUCUGGCGGAAUAUGAUCAUUCGUAUGAAUGAACUAGGAGAGGUAAUGGUGUCGAUUGUCAUUUGUCAACACGUUGUCAGUAAUGAAAAAUUGGCCGAAAUCAAAUUGUCUAUUUCCAAAUGGCUUAAAGAAGAUGUCACCGAAAACGUUAUCUCAUUGUAUUUUCAAGUUUAUGGAGAAAAGGCAUUGGUAGAUUGUAUCGGCACGCCGAUUGAAGCUGAACUGUUAUGGGGCCAAAAGUAUUUGAAGGAAAAUCUUUUGAACUUGUCUCUGGAAAUAUCACCGGCCACUUAUUUCCGUUUAAACAGUUUGGGCGCUGAAGAGUUAUGUAAAGUAGUUGCCGACCUCGCCAACGUCAACGAAACCACGACGGUUUUAGAUUUAUUUUGUGGAUCUGGAUGUUUAGCUCUCACGCUAGCUAAGAAAUGUAAACAAGUAGUGGGAAUAGAACUUAUCAAAGCGAACAUAGACGAUGCCAAAAGAAACGCGGCCAGAAACGGUAUAGACAAUUGCGAGUUCAUCGCUGGUCGUAUUGAAGAUAUAUUAGAUUCCGUGUUGGACAAGUUAAGAGGAUGUAACGUAACCGUUAUAAUGGAUCCUCCUUUGUCUGGUGUCAACACUAGUUUGGUGAGGACACUUCGGAAGUUCAGCGAGGCCGUGAAUCUCAUUUACGUGUGUUCCAAUCACAAGCUACCUCUCAAGAACUUACUGGACUUCUCGUCGGUCGUGAGGUACUGGCAGAAACCCAUCGAUUCCGACCCUUUCCUACCACUGCGGGUUGUCCCCAUAGAUAUGUGCCCACAUACACUUAGGUCGGAGCUGGUAUUGCAUUUCAAAAGGUUUAGCGCCGAGGAGAUAUUGUCGACCAAGCAUUGCACCGAUCGGCCGUCGAGGGUGUUUGGACAAAACCGACGUUUCAGGUCGAAGGUUUACAGGAGAAUUUCUUUGUCGCCACCACUACCUGCUGUCCAACCGUCGUCUUCGGAAGUCGGAGGACUAUUGAGUUACCUAAAGAAAAUCGAGGAGAGGGCUUAUCAAGAAGGGUUGGCCAAGGGCUUGGAGCGAAAAGCGUUUCAGUUGGGCUAUACCAGAGGCUUGCAGAGCGCCGCAACCAGCAAUGAAGAAAAUUCGUUUGCCAAAAACUCAUAUGAUAAAACUCACCCUCACAGUCAGUAAAACGUUUAAUGUGACAUUGGCAAUAAUAUUAUUCCUAUUAUUUAGCGGUUAAGUGUAUAUUUAUUGUACUAACUUUAUUGUAUUAAAGACUACUGUACAAGUAUAUACAUUGUUAAUUAUAUAAAUAGGUUAAUUGUUUUUUUAUAAGCUUUGGUGGUAAAUGGUAAUAUAUAAGUUAUUCAAUGUUUUUUUUUUUAA